CUUCUUUCUUCUCAAACUCGUUUUGGCUUUUAACUUCUAAUCCAAUCCAAUCCAAUCCAAGCAAGGAAAGAUGUUUCUUACCAGGACGGAGUAUGACAGAGGAGUGAACACAUUCUCUCCAGAAGGACGACUGUUUCAGGUCGAGUAUGCCAUUGAAGCCAUUAAGCUGGGUUCUACUGCAAUUGGGCUGAAGACAAAGGAAGGCGUGGUGCUCGCAGUGGAGAAGCGAAUCACUUCUCCCCUCCUCGAACCGAGCAGCGUUGAGAAAAUCAUGGAAAUCGACGGCCACAUCGGAUGCGCCAUGAGUGGAUUAAUCGCUGAUGCUCGUACGCUCGUUGAACACGCUCGAGUCGAAACUCAGAAUCAUAGGUUCUCCUAUGGUGAGCCGAUGACUGUUGAGUCCACAACGCAGGCUCUUUGCGAUCUGGCCCUACGAUUCGGUGAGGGUGAUGAAGAAUCCAUGUCGAGACCAUUUGGAGUCUCUCUUUUGAUUGCUGGCCAUGAUGAGAACGGCCCCAGCUUAUACCAUACAGAUCCAUCCGGCACGUUUUGGCAAUGCAACGCGAAAGCUAUAGGUUCGGGGUCUGAAGGAGCAGACAGCUCUCUGCAAGAGCAAUACAACAAGGACCUAACUCUGAAGGAAGCUGAGACUAUAGCUCUUUCUAUUCUGAAACAAGUUAUGGAAGAGAAGGUGACACCAAACAAUGUUGAUAUUGCAAAAGUGGCUCCGACAUAUCAUUUGUACACCCCUUCUGAGGUUGAAGCCGUCAUCAGUCGCCUAUAAGUCCCACCGGAUUACCAUGAGUGAUUCACGCCGCUGAAUUCCUAUCAAAGCCAUUCUCGUCUUUGUUUCUAUUAACUGCUGGUAAUUAAGAUCUCCAUUUGUUUGUGAUGGCAUUUAACAAGAAGUGAUAUGUUAUGGCAGAUUUUUAGAAGUGAUCGACUUUUGGAUAGUUGGAAAAAGCAUAAAUGAAAGAAUGCAAUUUGUCUUUUUA